AGAAAAGAUUAUGAAGCAUACGCUUUUCUGUUUCCUAAGGUUGGGUUGUUGGGAAUCCAAAUGAUUUGGACAAAAGACUCAGAAGAAGCUUUGACUAAUGCCAGGUAUGAUAAAAAAAUUAUGCCAAAGACGAACCAAUUUUUCCUGGAUCUUCUAAACAGGCUGAUAGAUAUGACAACAAAAGACCUUAGCCCAGUCGAGCGAGUUAAAUAUGAGACAUUAAUCACUAUUCAUGUGCAUCAGAGGGACAUUUUUGAUGGUCUGUGUCGCAUGCAUAUCAAGAGCCCUACAGACUUCGAGUGGCUGAAACAGUGUAGAUAUUAUUUUAAUGAAGACUCUGAUAAAAUGAUGAUUAAGAUCACUGAUGUGGGUUUCACAUACCAGAAUGAAUUCUUGGGCUGUACCGACAGGCUUGUUAUAACGCCUCUUACAGACAGAUGUUACAUCACUUUGGCUCAAGCUUUAGGCAUGAACAUGGGUGGAGCACCUGUGGGACCUGCAGGAACUGGAAAAACUGAAACCAUCAAAGACAUGGGACGGUGCCUUGGAAAAUAUGUAGUGGUCUUCAACUGCUCAGACCAGAUGGAUUUCCGAGGACUUGGGAGGAUCUUCAAAGGUCUUGCUCAGUCUGGCUCCUGGGGUUGCUUUGAUGAAUUCAAUCGUAUCAAUUUACCAGUACUAUCAGUAGCUGCACAGCAAAUUGCAAUUGUGUUGACAUGUAAGAAGGAACGCAAAAAAAGCUUUCUUUUUACUGAUGGAGAUAAUGUGGAAAUGAACCCAGAAUUUGGCAUCUUUCUUACUAUGAAUCCAGGAUAUGCUGGACGGCAAGAACUUCCUGAAAACUUAAAGAUCAACUUCCGUUCGGUGGCUAUGAUGGUUCCUGAUCGUCAAAUCAUAAUUCGUGUCAAAUUGGCUAGUUGUGGUUUCAUUGCUAAUGUUGUAUUGGCAAGGAAAUUCUUUACAUUGUACAAGCUAUGUGAAGAACAACUGUCAAAGCAGGUGCAUUAUGAUUUUGGCUUGCGGAAUAUAUUGUCAGUGCUACGUACAUUAGGAGCAGCAAAAAGAGCAAACCCCACAGAUACUGAAUCUACCAUUGUCAUGCGUGUGCUGAGAGACAUGAACCUGUCUAAACUAAUUGAUGAAGAUGAACCGUUAUUCCUGAGUCUAAUUGAAGAUCUAUUUCCAGAUAUCCAGCUUGAUAAAGUAGGCUAUCCUGAACUGGAAGCUGCCAUUGACAAACAGGUGGAGGAAGCUGGACUUGUUUGUCAUCCUCCUUGGAAACUGAAAGUUAUUCAACUUUUUGAAAUCCAGAGAGUAAGGCAUGGAUUGAUGACACUAGGACCUAGCGGUGCAGGAAAAACUGUUUGCAUCCACACUUUAAUGAAAGCCAUGACAGAUUGUGGACAGCCACAUCGUGAAAUGAGAAUGAAUCCUAAAGCUAUAACUGCUCCACAAAUGUUUGGUCGUCUCGAUGUGGCAACAAACGAUUGGACAGAUGGAAUAUUUUCAACACUCUGGAGAAAAACUUUAAGAGCCAAGAAAGGUGACCACAUCUGGAUAGUUCUUGAUGGUCCAGUUGAUGCUAUUUGGAUUGAGAACCUUAAUUCUGUCCUGGAUGAUAACAAAACUCUAACACUAGCAAAUGGAGAUCGGAUACCUAUGGCACCAAAUUGCAAAAUAGUCUUUGAACCUCAUAAUAUUGAUAAUGCUUCUCCAGCAACAGUUUCAAGGAAUGGGAUGGUAUUCAUGAGCUCAUCAGUUCUCAACUGGAGCCCGAUCCUUGAGGGAUUUUUGAAAAGACGUUCCUUCCAAGAAGCUGAAAUUCUACGUCAACUGUAUUCUUCAUCAUUCCCAGACUUAUACCGCUUCAGCAUUCAGUCUCUGCAAUGCAAGACGGAGAUGUUGGAAGCCUUUGUGAUAAUGCAGAGCAUUAAUAUGCUGCAGGGCCUUAUCCCACCUAAGGAGCAAGGAGGGGAAUUGACUCCAAAGUACUUGGAAAGGCUGUACAUCUUCUCUCUUAUGUGGAGUGUAGGAGCAUUACUAGAACUGGAAGACAGAUGCAAAAUGGAGCACUGGCUUCGAAACCAUGCAACAAUAAAACUUGAUCUUCCAUGUAUCCCAGAAGGCAGUGAAGAUACCAUGUUUGAUUAUUAUGUGACAUCUGACGGUAAAUGGACGCACUGGAAUACACGUGUUGAAGAGUAUGUAUAUCCCAGUAGCAGCACUCCAGAGUAUGGCUCUAUUCUUGUGCCUAAUGUUGACAAUGUGAGAAUGGAUUUCCUUAUUGAAACCAUUGCGAAACAGGGCAAGGCUGUCCUACUAAUUGGUGAGCAAGGAACUGCAAAGACUGUUAUUAUCAAAGGUUUCAUGUCAAAAUAUAACCCUGAAAGCCACAUAACUAAGAGUUUGAAUUUUUCAUCUGCAACUACCCCAUUAAUUUUCCAGCGUACAAUAGAAAGUUACGUGGACAAGCGAAUGGGCACAACUUAUGGUCCACCUGCAGGCAAAAAGAUGACAGUCUUCAUUGAUGAUGUGAAUAUGCCCAUAAUAAAUGAAUGGGGAGAUCAGGUCACUAAUGAGAUAGUUAGGCAGCUGAUGGAACAGAAUGGACUGUAUAACCUGGAAAAGCCUGGUGAAUUUACCAACAUUGUGGACAUUCAGUUUUUGGCUGCCAUGAUCCACCCUGGGGGAGGUCGCAAUGACAUUCCACAGAGGCUCAAGAGACAAUUUUCUGUAUUCAACUGUACUCUGCCUUCUAAUUCUUCCAUUGACAAAAUUUUCGGUGUAAUUGGAGAGGGGCACUAUUGUAGCGAGCGAGGAUUUUCAGAAGAUGUGAAGAAAACAGUAGCCAAAUUAGUUCCACUGACACGCAAGCUGUGGCAGAUUACCAAGCUAAAAAUGUUGCCCACACCAGCCAAGUUCCAUUAUGUCUUCAACCUUCGAGACCUUUCAAGGAUUUGGCAAGGAAUGCUGAACACUACAUCAGAAGUGAUCAAUGAACCAAAGGUACUGAUAAAACUGUGGAAGCAUGAAUGUAAGUGUGUUAUUGCCGAUCGUUUCACAACCUCAGAAGAUGUAAACUGGUUUAACACAGUUGUGGCAAAACUCAUUGAGGAGAAAUUUGAAGAAACAAAAGCUUUGCUGGAUCUUGAAACUGAUGCAUUCUUUGUUGACUUCUUAAGGAGCGCACCUGAAAGAACUGGUGAAAAAUCAGAGGAAGUUAAUUUAGAUAUUCCCAAAGUCUAUGAGCCAAUUUACUCCUUUCAUCAGCUACGAAAUUGUUUAAAUGUGUUUUUACAAAUAUACAAUGAGAAUGUCCGUGGUACUGCAAUGGACAUGGUUUUCUUUGAGGAUGCUAUGAUUCAUUUAGUGAAGAUUUCUCGGGUGAUUCGCACUCCUCGUGGAAAUGCUCUUUUAGUUGGAGUUGGUGGCUCAGGAAAGCAGAGCUUGACAAGACUAGCAUCUUUCAUAGCUGGCUAUGAUACAUUCCAGAUAAUGUUAACAAGAUCGUACAACACUUUAAACUUGAUGGAAGAUCUGAAACUCUUGUACAGAACAGCAGGACUGGAAGGCAAAGGCAUCUGUUUUCUUUUUACAGACAAUGAGAUCAAAGAUGAGUCUUUCCUGGAAUACUUGAACAAUGUUUUAUCAUCAGGAGAGGUGUCAAACUUAUUUGCACGUGAUGAAGUUGAUGAGAUCAUUAGUGACCUCAUACCUACCUUCAAAAAGGAGCAUCCACGUAGACCUCCAACCAGUGAGGUUCUGUAUGACUACUUCAUGACCAGAGUCCGUCAGAACCUUCAUGUGGUUCUUUGCUUUUCACCAGUAGGUGAAAAAUUCCGAAAUAGGGCCCUGAAGUUCCCUGGUCUCAUUUCUGGAUGCACUAUAGAUUGGUUCAGCCGAUGGCCUAAGGAUGCACUAGUGGCAGUAUCUGAACAUUUCCUGUCAUCAUUUGAUAUGGACUGCACUGCUGAUACAAAGAGGGAAAUUGUGCAGUGUAUGGGCUCAUUCCAGGACGGAGUGGCAGAGAAGUGUUCUGAUUACUUUCAAAGAUACAGACGCUCUACACAUGUGACUCCCAAAUCCUACCUGUCCUUUAUUCAGGGAUAUAAAACCACAUACAAAGAAAAGCAUGCUGAAGUGCAGACAUUAGCAAACAGAAUGAAUACUGGACUGGAAAAAUUGAAAGAGGCUUCUGAGUCAGUGGCUGCUCUAAGCAGAGAACUGGAGGUAAAAGAAAAGGAACUUCAAAUUGCCAAUGAAAAAGCUGACAUGGUAUUGAAAGAAGUUACUGUAAAAGCACAGGCUGCUGAGAAGGUGAAGGGUGAAGUUCAGAAAGUGAAAGACAAAGCUCAGGCUAUUGUAGACAGUAUCUCAGUUGACAAAGCCAUUGCUGAAGAGAAGUUGGAAGCUGCCAAGCCUGCUUUGGAAGAGGCGGAAGCAGCCUUACAGACAAUAAAACCUGCAGAUAUUGCCACUGUCCGCACACUGGGUCGACCUCCUCACCUCAUUAUGCGUAUCAUGGACUGUGUGUUACUGCUCUUCCAGCGAAAAGUGAACAAUGUGAAAAUUGAUCAGGAAAAGUGCUGUACUAUCCCAUCAUGGCAAGAAUCUUUGAAACUGAUGACAGCAGGGAACUUCUUACAGAACCUACAGCAAUUUCCAAAGGACACAAUUAAUGAAGAAGUGGUAGAACUUUUGAGCCCUUAUUUUGAAAUGGUGGACUAUAACAUUGAGACAGCUAAGAGAGUAUGUGGGAAUGUUGCUGGGCUUUGCUCAUGGACCAAAGCUAUGGCUGUAUUUUUUUCCAUCAACAAAGAAGUAUUACCUUUAAAGGCUAAUUUAGCAAUCCAGGAGAAUCGCCUAACCACUGCUAUGCUGGAUCUGCAGAAAGCUGAAGAAGAAUUGGGUGCCAAGCAAGAAGAAUUAGAUAUUGUGCAGGCAGAGUAUGAAAAAGCAAUGAGAGAAAAACAGACUUUGCUUGAAGAUGCUGAGCGUUGCCGUCAUAAAAUGCAAACUGCCUCAAGUCUUAUAAGUGGUUUAGCAGGUGAAAAAGAGAGGUGGACAGAGCAGAGUAAAGAAUUUGCCGUGCAAACCAAGAGGCUAGUGGGUGAUGUACUCUUGGCUACAGCUUUUCUGUCCUAUUCUGGUCCUUUUAACCAAGAGUUCCGCAGUCUGCUAUUAAAUGAUUGGCAAAAGGAAAUGAAAAGUCGGAAAAUCCCCUUUGCUAACAACUUGAACCUCAUAGAAAUGUUGACUGAUGCUCCAACUAUCAGUGAAUGGAACCUGCAAGGAUUACCAAAUGAUGACUUAUCCAUACAGAAUGGAAUUAUUGUUACUAAAGCAUCUCGUUAUCCUUUAUUAAUAGAUCCACAGGCACAGGGUAAAAUUUGGAUUAAAAAUAAGGAAGGCAAAAAUGAACUUCAGAUCACUUCUUUGAAUCACAAAUAUUUUAGAAAUCACUUAGAAGACAGCCUUUCUCUGGGAAGACCUCUUUUGAUAGAAGAUGUUGGAGAAGAGCUUGACCCAGCACUGGAUAAUGUUUUGGAAAGAAACUUCAUUAAAACAGGUUUAGCCAACAAGGUGAAGGUUGGUGAUAAGGAAAUAGAUGUUAUGAAGGGCUUCAGACUUUACAUUACUACAAAACUGCCAAAUCCAGGUUACUCUCCUGAAAUUAGUGCUCGAACCUCCAUCAUUGACUUUACUGUGACCAUGAAAGGUCUUGAAAAUCAACUCUUAGGCAGAGUCAUUCUCACAGAGAAACAGGAACUGGAGAAAGAAAGAACAGAUCUUAUUGAAUAUGUGACUAUGAACAAAAGGAGGAUUAAAGACCUAGAAGAUAACCUUUUGUUCCGACUUACAAGCACUAAGAGUUCUCUGGCAGAUGAUGAGAGUCUAAUAAUUGUAUUGAACAACACUAAGAAGACUGCUGAGGAAGUAACACAGAAACUACAAACUUCUGCUGAAACUGAAGUACAGAUCAACUCAGCUCGUGAAGAGUACAGACCUGUUGCAACUCGAGGUAGCAUCUUAUACUUCCUUAUUACUGAGAUGAGCAUGGUCAAUGUGAUGUAUCAGACUUCGCUUCGGCAGUUUUUGGGGCUUUUUGACCGCUCCUUAGCCAGGUCUACCAAGAGCCCUAUAACUAGCAAGAGGAUUACUAAUAUUAUUGAACAUAUGACAUAUGAAGUAUUUAAAUAUGCUGCUCGAGGACUUUAUGAGGAGCACAAAUUUCUUUUUACGUUAUUACUUACAUUGAAAAUUGAUAUACAAAGAAACAGAGUGAAGCACGAAGAAUUUCUGACACUUAUUAAAGGCGGUGCUUCGCUAGACCUUAAAGCUUGUCCUCCUAAGCCAGCUAAAUGGAUCCUGGAUAUGACUUGGCUGAACUUGGUGGAGCUCAGUAAGCUUGAACAAUUUUCAGAUAUUCUUGAUCAAAUUUCCAGAGCAGAGAAACAGUGGAAAAUCUGGUUUGAUAGUGAGAAUCCUGAAGAAGAACUGGUUCCUAGCGGCUAUGGUCAAUCCCUGGACUGCUUCAGACUACUUCUUCUUAUCAGAUCCUGGUGUCCUGAUAGGACCAUAGCUCAGGCAAGAAAAUACAUCAUUGACACUAUGGGGGAAAAAUAUGCAGAGGAAGUCAUCUUGGACUUGGAAAAGACAUGGGAAGAGUCAGAUCCACGUACUCCUCUCAUAGGCUUUCUUUCCAUGGGCUCUGAUCCUACGGACUCAAUCAUUGCUUUGGGAAAAAGACUGAAGACAGAAACACGUUAUGUUUCUAUGGGCCAGGGGCAAGAAAUCCAUGCUCGUAAACUUCUACAGCAGACAAUGGCUCAUGGAGGCUGGGCACUACUGCAAAACUGCCACCUUGGACUUGAUUUUUUGGAUGAGUUGAUGGACACUUUAAUAGAGACAGAAACUGUCCAUGAAAGCUUUCGACUGUGGAUGACAACUGACAUUCACAAACAGUUCCCCAUUACCCUUCUUCAAAUGUCUAUCAAGUUUACCAAUGAACCACCACAAGGGCUCAGAGCUGGACUAAAGAGAACAUAUAGUGGUGUCAGCCAGGAUUUACUAGAUGUCAGCGACAUGGUACAAUGGAAACCAAUGUUGUAUGCUGUAGCCUUUCUACACUCCACUGUUCAAGAAAGACGCAAGUUUGGAUCUCUGGGUUGGAAUAUACCUUAUGAGUUUAAUCAAGCUGAUUUCAAUGCUACUGUGCAGUUCAUUCAAAACCACUUGGAUGGCACGGAUGCCAAGAAGGGGAUCUCCUGGAGUACUGUUCGUUACAUGAUAGGUGAGAUCCAGUAUGGUGGCCGUGUGACAGAUGACUAUGACAAAAGACUCAUGAACACUUUUGUAAAGGUUUGGUUCAGUGAAAAUACAUUUAGUCAAGAAUUCAGCUUCUACAAAGGAUACAGCAUACCCAAAUGUACCAUGGUGGAUCAAUACCUUCAGUACAUACAGAGUCUUCCUGCUUAUGACACACCAGAGGUGUUUGGUUUGCACCCCAAUGCAGAUAUCACUUACCAAAGUAAACUUUCCAAAGAUGUAUUGGACAUUAUCCUCAGUAUUCAGCCUAAAGAUAGCUCUGCUGGAGGAGGCGAAACCCGAGAGGCAGUUGUAGCCAGACUGGCUGAUGAUAUGCUGGAAAAGCUUCCUGAUGAUUAUGUACCAUUUGAGGUAAAAGAGAAACUAAAGAGCAUGGGACCUUUUCAGCCUAUGCACAUAUUUUUGCGACAGGAGAUUGAACAAAUGCAGAGAGUAAUUUCCUUAGUGAGAAGCACUCUGACUGAUCUAAAACUUGCCAUUGAUGGGACAAUUGUUAUGAAUGAAAAUCUGAGGGAUGCCUUAGACUGCAUGUAUGAUGGAAGGAUUCCUGCUAGCUGGAAAAAAGCAUCUUGGCCUUCCAGUACACUUGGUUUCUGGUUUACUGAGCUUCUAGAAAGAAACCACCAGUUUUAUAAUUGGAUUUUUGAAAGCCGACCAAACUGCUUCUGGAUGACGGGGUUUUUUAAUCCUCAAGGAUUUUUAACUGCAAUGAGGCAGGAAAUAACAAGGGCUAACAAAGGAUGGGCUCUUGACAGUGUAGUGCUGUGCAAUGAGGUCACUAAAUGGAUGAAGGAUGAUAUCACAAGCCCUCCUUUGGAAGGUGUCUAUGUAUAUGGGCUGUAUUUGGAAGGAGCUGGUUGGGACAGAAGAAACAUGAGACUGACUGAAUCUAAGCCCAAGGUGCUCUUCGAGAUGAUGCCAGUUAUAAGAAUAUAUGCAGAGAAUAACACUUCAAAAGAUCCACGUCUGUAUUCAUGUCCAGUCUACAAAAAGACCAUUCGAACAGAUAUGAAUUACAUUGCUGCUGUGGAUCUUAAAACCCUUCAGCCCCCAGAGCACUGGGUACUGCGUGGGGUAGCACUUCUGUGUGAUGUCAAGUAA